UUAAAGUCAUAUCUAUAUUUCUAUACACCCCCUUUAUUUUUCAAACCUCAAAACAUAAUGGCAUUCAACAAGCCUAAAAAGCCUCUUUUUUCUCUUAAUUCUAGCCUUUGUACCACCCUCUUUUUCAUUGUUCUUUUCACCAUUCCAAUUCUUCUAUUCCUCCAUACCCCUACUAACUCCAUUUGCACCACCACUUCUUCGAAAAUCAGGUCUUGGUCUGGUGAUCUACGCAAUGCUGAGUUUUCAUGGAACCGUUUGAAGUUCAAUGAUAAAAAUCCCCCAUUGAAAAAUCUAAAAAUCGCGGUCUUUUCUAGGAAAUGGCCUAUGAGUGCCACCCCUGGUGGCAUGGAACGUCAUGCCUAUACGUUGCAUAUGGCUAUGGCACGUCGUGGCCAUCAAGUACAUGUCUUCACUUCACCUCCUCUAGACCAUGUUACUCCAACUACAUCACAUAUGAUCGAUGAUUCUUCACAAAGUUCCAAUCUUUCACCAAUUAUUCAUUGGCAUGAGGGCGAGGCAGGGAAAUGGCGUUACAAUAAGGCAUGGGAGCAAUAUGAAGAGGAAAAUGAGAGAGAACCAUUCGAUAUAAUUCACUCAGAAAGUGUGGCAUUGCCUCAUCAUGUAGCUCUUAGCCUUUCGAAUCUCGUGGUAUCAUGGCAUGGAAUAGCUCUAGAGAGUGUACAAUCAAGCAUAUUCCAAGAUUUAGCUAGAAAUCCUAACGAACCUAUGUCCUCAAAUUUUAAUCAAGGCCUACAAGGCAUGAUACCAAAGGUGUUAAAUGAAAUUAGAUUUUUUCAUAACUAUGCACACCAUGUAGCUAUAAGUGAUAGUUGUGGAGAAAUGCUUAGAGAUGUGUACCAAAUCCCAAGAAAAAGAGUCCAUGUGAUUGUCAAUGGUGUAGAUGAAGAAGAAUUUUGUGAAGAUUCAAGACUAGGCCAUGAUUUUGGAUCCAAAAUAGGUUUGCCACAAAAUGCAAGCAUAGUAUUUGGUGUAGCUGGAAGAUUAGUAAAAGAUAAAGGACACCCUUUACUUUAUGAAGCAUUUUCACAACUCAAAGAAAAAUACCCUAAUGUUUAUUUAAUAGUAGCUGGCUCUGGACCUUGGUUACAAAGGUACAAAGAUUUAGGACCUCAAGUUAUAGUCUUAGGUUCAAUGAAUCCAUCUGAAUUAAAAGCAUUUUAUAACUCAAUAGACAUAUUUGUGAAUCCAACACUUAGACCACAAGGCCUUGAUCUUACAUUAAUGGAAGCAAUGAUGAGUGGGAAACCAAUUAUGGCUUCAAGGUUUCCUAGUAUAAAGGGAACAAUUGUUGUGAAUGAUGAAUAUGGAUUUAUGUUUACACCAAAUGUGGAGUCAUUGGUAGAAGCACUUGAAAAAGUGGUUGAAGAAGGAAGAGGGAAAUUAGCAAGAAGAGGAAAGGUUUGUAGGGAAUAUGCAGCUUCUAUGUUCACUGCAAAAAAGAUGGCUUUGGCUUAUGAAAGAUUAUUCCUUUGCAUUAAAAAUGAAACAUUUUGUACUUACCAUUAAUAUAUUAUUUCUUUAUGUGGAAAUAUUUGAUGUUAUUUGUUAG